AUGGCCUUCCGUCACUCAACAUAUCAUGCCCCACCCCGCCUCUAUACCUCUCGAAACGAGACCGAAUCUCAAGCCUUGCCUGUAGUUCCACCUCAAGAACAUAUCGCAGAGUCGCAAGAAUGGAUAUUGUUCUCUCCAACUGCAGAGUCGACUACGAAUCGUACCUAUACCACAUCUACAGCACGUACGCAGACGGCGGGCCGUUCGCGAAUAAGUGAUUUUGGGAGUCUUGAUACAGCAGCUAGAAGUAAUGGAUAUGAUUUCGAUGAAAGGAGCGCACAAACAGAGGAAGCUAUAGAGGAGGAGGAAGAAGAUGGAGAGCUGGACAGUUUAGAUAGUCAUCUACACGAGUUCAGGGCAGAGCCCAGCGUUUACAGGUCGAGUGGCGUCAAAGAGAAUGGCGAGGCUAGUCAGAGCGUAUUACCUACACACGAUGGACUUGGCAGCUUCCGGGUCGAUCAGCCUAUGAAUGAUCAGGAUGUGCAGGACCAGUUAUAUGCUUUCGAGAAGUAUAAUCCUAGGAGAGUCAAGCGGAGGAGGGAGAGUUUGGAACUAGGGCAGAUGGAGCUUGAUAGUGAUAGGGCGGUGGAAGUAGAGAGGACAAGAAGGAUUGAGCAAUGGAGGAUGGAGCAAAGUAGGUUACUUGUUGAUGAGAUACAAAAGGAAACGAGAAGGCGGAAACAAUCCAUGUCCAGUGAGAAAAGAAGUGUGGUGAUUGAUCAAGAACAGGAGGAUAUGGCCACUUUGAGUACGGUCGAGUCCUCUGGAUAUCAGGAGACAGAAGUGGCACAAGAUGAAAAUCAAAGUUUCUGGAAUAGGAUCACCAAGAGAGUUAUCCAAGACUUGAUGGGUAUCGAUGAUGAUUUACUAUCUAUCAUAUUCGGCGAGUCACUUCCAGAAAGCGACGAUUUAUCUUCAACUCCGCCGGCCAACCGACGAGCAGCCUCCACACUUAUCACCACUCAACAAUACCCCGAAUCGAGCUGGGAGUACCGCCUACUAGACCGAGUUGCUCGCGAACUUGGAAUUCUGGUCAAUCAACUCACCGACCACCCAGGCGCUUUGUCAACCUAUCUGAAAACACAGCAAGUCCCUCUUCCUUACGCAGGUCUCCCGGUAAUUCCAGAAACUGCAAAAGUUCUUACACCUCAACCAACCCUCACCACCUCCCAAGCCGACCCUCAAUUCCUUCCCACCAUCCCAACCGCCCAAGCAAUACCCAUCCCUCAAGCCUCCACCUCCUUCACUCCUACACAAAUCGACGAAGACGCCACACCCCGUCAAUCCCCCACCAUCACACCAGAAGAAUGGGAACGAGAUCUCGACAUCAAAAUGGUCUUCCGCUACCUCCGCUCCCGCUUUACGGGUCGUCCUUCUCCUCCUACCCUAAAUACCUCUACCUCUUUACCCUCAACCUCCAUCGGCACGUCUCAUCUCGCAACCGCAUCCACCUCGGAAACGGCAGCGCGUGCAGCGCGCGUGAGACAGCAUCAUCCGCUUGUCACGCAUACACGACGUCGCUCUGUCGAGCGUAGAACGUUCAAACCUUCGGUCCCGACCGCGCCGGGGAUUGUGAGGAGAGGAAGUAGUAGUUGUGCGUCUGAACGGAUGAGGAGUGCGGGGAGUAGUCGGCAUUAUUGGGAUUUUGGGGGCAGUGUUGGGAGUGGGAGUAUGAUCGCGGGCGGGAAUGUGGGGAGUUGGGGUGAGGUUUAG